AGCGCCGACUCUCCUCAACAGCUCGGUCCAGCUCAGCCCAGCCAUCCCACUAUCAUAAAGCUUGCGCCAUAGCCUCAUCUCACUUAUCAGCAAAGCACUUGGGGCAAGAGGUAUACGACAUACAAAACUGCCCGCCAUGUCGUACUUCUUCGCGACUCCCGUCGAUAUCGACGUCGUCCUUGAUGAUACAGAUGAGCGUUCUAUGGUCGAUGUCAAGCUAGACAAGAACCGUCGCGAGAAGGCACCUCUCUUUAUGGAUGGCGAGUCUGUCAAGGGCGCUGUUACUGUUCGUCCAAAGGAUGGCAAGAGGCUCGAGCAUACUGGUAUCAAGGUCCAGUUCAUCGGCACGAUAGGUUCGCGACCCCUAUACAUCGCAAUGCCUCCUUGACGCUUUCGCACGCUUGGCAAGCUACUUCAGUUACUGACCUGUCGCAAAGAAAUGUUCUUCGAUCGCGGCAACCACUACGAAUUUCUCUCCCUCAACCAGGAACUCGCUGCACCUGGCGAGCUUCAGCACCCACAAACAUUCGACUUCAACUUCAAAAACGUUGAGAAGCAGUACGAAUCAUACAAUGGCAUCAACGUCAAGCUGCGCUACUUCGUCCGCGUCACCGUUUCACGCCGCAUGGCCGAUGUCAUCCGGGAAAAGGAUAUCUGGGUCUACAGCUAUCGCAUCCCCCCUGAGAUGAAUAGCAGCAUUAAGAUGGAUGUUGGUAUCGAGGACUGUCUACACAUUGAGUUCGAGUACAGCAAGAGCAAAUACCACCUCAAGGAUGUCAUUGUUGGGCGCAUCUACUUUUUGCUUGUGCGCCUGAAGAUCAAGCACAUGGAGCUGUCCAUCAUCAGAAGAGAGACGACGGGCGCUGCUCCCAAUCAGUAUAAUGAAAGUGAAACAUUGGUGCGCUUCGAGAUCAUGGACGGUUCCCCGUCGCGAGGAGAGACAAUUCCUAUUCGACUAUUCCUCGGCGGUUUCGAUCUAACACCUACAUUCCGCGACGUUAACAAAAAGUUCUCCACGCGUUACUACCUCAGCUUAGUUCUCAUCGACGAGGAUGCUCGACGAUACUUCAAGCAAUCUGAGAUUAUCCUCUACCGCCAAGCUCCUGACGCUGCACCUGUUCUGAAUGCCGGUACCUCAUCACUGCCUGCGCCCCCAGAGAACAAGUUGGCUGCUGCACAGGCAUAAAGAUAGAUUAGAAGAACCUGGCUGUUGGUCUGAUGUACAUACCAUGUCAACUUCAUGCGCGUCCUUUAAGCAUCGGGUCCUGGCGUUUCGGGUUUCAAGGCUGGAAGAGCAAGAUGAUGGAAGAUUUGUAGUUUCUGUUUCCUCUGCAAAUCAAACUAAUACAUACACCGUAAACAGUCCCGAUAAUAUGUCCUGGGUAUUUCGCCCGUCCGAGUUUUGAAACAAUACAUCUCUAGUCUACAUAAAGUGACCUGUCCUAUUUCUGCAUUCAU